AUGUCAGGGUAUGCUAAGUUUAUGAAGGAACUUGAGACAAAGAAGUGGAUUGUGAGCAAUGAACCAAUGGAUAAUUUGCAUCAUUAUAGUGUUAUUUCUAUAAGAUCAUUAGUGCGGAAGAAGAAAGAUCUAAGAGCAUUCACUGUUCCAUGUACCAUUGGACCAUUUAAAUUUGAAAAGGCCUUGUUUGAUCUUGGGGCAAGUAUAAUACUUAUGCCAUUGGCGGUUUUCAAGAAACUGGGCUUGGGUUAUCCUGCACCCAUCAAUAUACAGCUUCUAAUGGCAGAUAGAUCGAUAAAAAUAUCAAUUGGGAUUCUUUAUGAUGUUCUUGUUAAGGUGGAAAACUUUUUUUCCCAGCCGACUUUUGAGGGAAUCGAAGAGUAUGAUGAAAUUGUGUGUGCUUUGACGGGGAUGGGAUCAUAUUCUUAUGCUCCCAAGAAGCUAGACUUGGAACUUAAGAAUCAUCCAACACCACUGGCCAAACCUUUUAUCGAGGAACCACUGGAGAAGUUGAUUGUUGUCCCUAUUAUUGUUGGUUCAGAUUGGUCUAAACCAUUAGAAAUAAUGUGCGAUGUGAGUGGAGUAGAACUUGCGGCAGUUUUUGGUCAGAAGAAGUAG